AGAAAGUUUGUGGUCAGCAGGCUUGAGUUCAUUGUACAAACUUUAAAUCUCCACUGGAAAAACGUUUGUUUGACCUCUUUUGACUUGCAAACUUGAAAAAAAAAAACCCACCCCCAAACAGUGUUGCUCGAGAGGAUGGUUUCCACACUGUUGUGGUCCUUUGGGUUUUUUUUUUUUUUUUCUUGAAAUGGUAGGGCUAGGAAACAGCUGCCGAGGGAUGAAGUCUCCACCUCUCCUCGUGGCUGCGCUCAUGGCGUGCAUCAUUGUUUUGGGUUUCAAUUACUGGAUUGCAAGUUCUCGCAGCGUGGAUCUGCAGGGUCGGAUCAUGGAUCUGGAAGGUAAAGUCCGCAGGGCAGCAGCAGAGAGGGGAGCCGUGGAACUCAAAAAGAAUGAAUUCCAAGGGGAGCUAGAGAAGCAGCGAGAGCAGAUUGACAAAAUCCAGUCCUUGCACAGCUUUCAGAUGGAAAAUGCCAACAGAGUACAUCAGGAAGAGAAGGCAGUGCUGAUGAGUAACAUCACAGUAAAUGAACAAUUGGUCCAGAGUCUACGAGAACACUUGAAAGACUUACAGACAGAAUAUAGAAAGCUACAGAUGGAUGUUCACUGGUUUCAGAAGAACCAGACUAACCUUCAGAAGAAGUUCUCAUAUGACCUGUCACAGUGCAUCAACCAGAUGAAAGAAUUAAAAGAACAAUGUGAAGAAAGGAUAGAUGAACUUACGAAAAAGGGUAGUGAUGUACCACAAAUCAAAGAAAACAAAGACUUCUCAGAAGAUUCAAAAAAAACCAGCCAGGUUAAUAUUCAACUGCCAGCCUUGAAGCAAACCGAGUUCAAGCAGGCUGACUUGGAACAGCAGAAACACAACGAAGAUGUACCUAAAGCAGUACCUACAGUAAAAAAGAUAGACUUGCUGCAGGCUAAAGAAGGGAUAAACGGCCUAGCUGACAUCAGAAAACAGGAGCCUAAGGCAGAAGAGAAGCUUUCUACCGAACUGAAAGCCCCACAGGAUUCACUCAAGGCUGCUGCAGGUCAUGAGGAGAUGCUGCCCAAGUCAGAGAAGGAGCUGAAUCCAUCUGAAGAUGAAAAACGUGUAGCGGGGCAAGAUGUGCUACCGCCGGCAGCAGAGCAGGCUGCCAGUGAGGAAAUUGAGAGGGAGCAACUCCUGAAUUACGAUGCUAAGCAGGAUGACUUGCCCCCUGGAAAGGCUGACAAACAGGAACAUGCAGCACUGAACCAGGACGUUGAUUACAAUUUAGAUGAGAAUGAAGCCGAAUCAGAAACAGACAAGCAAGCAGCACUUGCAGGGAUUGAAAAUGUUCAAAACCCUGAAGAUAUGAAGAACCACUUAUCUGAGCAAGGUGAAGAACGAGAGAGGUUGUGAGCAAAGGAGGUUCACGAUGCAACUUAGUCACCUCUUCAUAUAAACGCAGCAAUGAUGAGAGCAAAGUGAUCUGAGAAUGUUUUGAUUGUCAUCUUCUCAAGGCUUCAAUAAGGGCCCAAAUGAAGUAGUAGUUUCUUGUGAAGUUUUCGUACUGUUUCAGUGGUGAAAAAAUUAAUCUUAAAUCUCUGGAGGCUUGUUUUAAAGCACCUUGAGCUCUCCAAUGACUCUUUCCUUCUUACCGAUUAUAUAAUUGAAACCAGCUAGCAGUAAGUGUAGUAACUUUGAAGUCAGCUAACUCGUAUGGUCAUACUACAAUAACAGUAUGUGUGGAUUGGUCGUAGAUGGAGAGUCCUCUGCCAAGGAUGGCUCUCUCCCCUGAGCAAAGCAGUAGAGAAAUCCCCAGCCUAGUUUUAAGAGGAGCUUAAGAGGAGCUAACUUGACAAAACAUGGGAAGGAUGAAAAAUGGCCCAUGCUGCAGUCUACCCUUGUGCCUAUUCUGGCACCUUUUUACUGCCAUGUAGAGUCAGAAAUAUGAUUAUAGUCCUCAGAUAUUAUGCAGUAUGAUACAUUUGCCUGGGCCUCCUAAAUGAAAUUGCUAGCUUAUACUAUCUGUAACCAGGCUGAAACACUGUCCUGGUUGUAUUCCUGGCUUUUAGGUUAAAAAAAGAAGGAUUCUGACAAUAGCGUCUUCUCAUUAAGAGAUUAGCAGGAAGAUUUUUCUGAAAGCUUCGUUGGACCCCUGUUGACAAGAUCAGUACUAGGUAUAGUUCAGUUACCACUAACUUGCACAAGUUCAGAGUGUAAAAAUUCAAACUCCUGAAUCUUUCAUGACGGAAGCCAUCUGAAAUGGUGUGCUACCACUACCCUUUACUCCACCCCACCACUAUCUUCUGUUAAAAAGCGGAAAGGCAAAUGCUUGCCUUGUAGAACAGCAGUCUCAGCUGUUCAAAGUGACUAAUCUUCUCUGCCAGACUUUUGAAGAAGGUAAACCAGACUAUGCAUUUACCAGACAUCUCCAUGUCGCCCACGGGUGAAGCUGUAGUUGUUGUGAAGUCCUACAUUAUGCCCAAUGUAUCACAUCAUUGUUAAUGUUCUGCAGCCUUUGUCUUUUCUGUAACUCGUUGAAUGUAAACUAGAAACUAGUUUACUUGCAAUAAGCUAGAAAUACCCUCUACUACCACUAAGGCACCCUUACUGCAAUCCAGCCUGCAUUGUGUGUAGCCAGCUGUUUAGAAGAUAGUGUUUGUGUCUGUUCUCAGGACUGACACCUGUGUAUGGAGCAAACUCUGUGAGUAUGAACCAACCUCUGUCGAGACAGCACGGGAGCAGACAGACAUGACUAACUUCCCAACCAGCAAUUCUAUUUAAGAAAAUACAAAUUUGUCUUGGCUUUCUCUUAAUGCACUUCAUUUUGUAACUACUUACUUUUGUGGUGUGUCCUUCCUCAGUGUACUAGUUUACAAUGCCUGUACCUUAAGAUGCCUAAAUAUGCGAGUGGAAGGUUGGUUCUUUUGUGUAUGAAAAGAAUGUUAGUUGUCCUCGAGUGAAAGGCAGAACUCAAGGCAAGUGGUGCCUAUUAAGUCUCAAUGCAUAAACAAUUCACUGAUAGACUUGCCACAGUAACUUGAAUUCUUCUAAAAAAAACACUAGCUUCCAUUACCGCCUUCUUGGUUACUCUGUUUUUUUCACCAUUUAAGUCAGACUUCACUGGUCUGGGCUACUGCAGUCAAUACAGCAGGGAAAACAAAUGCUUCUAAGCAGGAGAGAAAAGGAGGUAUGAGCAUCUCUUCCAGCUGACAAGUAUUGGGAAACUUGGGCUAUUAUUUAUUUUUUGCAAAUAAUGGCAUGUUUUAGCAUCAAAAUGUUUACACAUAUUCUGAGUAAAAGGGGCAUUUUUUUAGGACUUGCUCUGUAAACAAUUAUAUAGCUGAGAUGAAGUUAAUCAGGAAUUUAAUAGGGAUUGUUAAAGAGUGUGUAUGCUCUUAUACAUUUUAUACCAACAACAGUAUAAAAUACAGUGAAACAUGGUAUUCAAGUUGAAUGAACGGCUUUAACUUGAAACAGGUAAAAUCUGAAACAAACAAACAAAAUCCUUAAGGUGAUUAAUAUAUUGCCAGAGAAUUAUUUUAAAACAAGUUGUUUUGGCUGUAUUUCUGUACAGUACCCAAACCUGACUGGGCUUCUUGCUAGCUAGCUAGCUGUUGUCCUCUCCAUAAAGACGACCGCCUUUGUACAAAGCACACUUGUUACACCUCUGACAGUAGGGGGUCUGAAAACCUGCGUAAGAGCAAUGUUCAAAAGCAUAAAGGAAUACAAUCGUAUUCUCAAUGGCUUCAAGUGCUACAGGAAUGUAAUUAGGGUGGUAGAUUUCUAGUAGGCAAGGAGCCUAUAUGUCUACUAUACAGAAUUUUAAAAUUAAAGGACUUUCAGCUGAACAAAAGAAGAUACAUUUGGAACUGUGGUUUAUGUAGUGUUGUCUAUCACUAAAAUUUUUAGUUGCAUGAGGCAGGGAAAGCUUCUUUGCUAUAAUCGUCUCGGGGUUAAAUUAACACUUGUCCUUGAUGUUUUUUUAAAAACUAAGCCUGAUCCAUUUUAGAUAAGCAUUUAAAAAUAA